GGAGGAGGAGCGAGGCGCUGUCGGCAGCGGCGAGGGGGCGGGGGGAGGGUCGUCGCGGUCGUCUCGGGGGCAAGCGGCGCCUCGACCAGCAAAAGCCGCCGGAGAAGCCGCUGCGGAGGGCACCCGUUGCGCGCAACCCCGUCGUCGAAGGGGAGGCGGGCGCGAUCCGGCCGCCUGCCUCCCUCCCUCCGCAGCCGGCGGGGGAGCGGAGGAGGAGGAUGGAAAUACCUUUCUACCAUGACGACGUGUUGAUCGCCUUGGCGGCCUCGUCGGCGGCCCUUUCUCCCUCGUCGGUGCGCCCCGGCGGCGCCUUCCCCGACGGCUCCAACAUGAUGAAGAAAGACGGGCUCUCCCUGGCGCUGGCGGGCGCCGACCCGGGCGCGGCCGGGAAGAGCCACGGAGGGGGCGGCCCCCACCAGCAGCACCCGCAGCAGCAGCAGCAGCCGCCCCCCAGCGGCGCCCCCGACGGCGCGGCGCUGCUCAGCUCGCCGGAUUUGGGCCUGCUCAAGCUGGCGUCUCCCGAGUUGGAGCGCCUGAUCAUCCAGUCCAACGGCUUGGUGACGACCACGCCGACCAGCGGCGGCGCCCAGUUCCACUUCCCCAAAGGAGGCGGCGGAGGCGGCGCCCCCGACGAGCAGGAGUUCGCCGCCGGCUUCGUGAAGGCGCUUGAGGACCUGCACAACCAGAACCAGCUGGGCGGCGGCGGGGGGCCCGUCGGGGGAGAGCUGCCCUCGGCCGCCAGCCUGGCCCCGGCCUCGCAGCAGCACGGCCCGCAGGAGCCCCCUAUCUACGCCAACCUCAGCCCCUUCGCCGGCGCGGCCGGGGGGUACCCGACGGACGGGAGCCCCUUCCAGGCGCACUCUCGCCUGCCCCCUCCGCCGCCCGCGCCGCUGAAGGACGAGCCGCAGACGGUGCCCGAGGUGGCGAGCUUCGGCGACAGUCCCCCUCUGUCGCCCAUCGACAUGGACACGCAGGAGCGGAUCAAGGCGGAGCGCAAGCGGCUGCGCAACCGCAUCGCCGCUUCCAAGUGCCGGCGGCGGAAGCUGGAGCGCAUUUCGCGCCUCGAGGAGAAGGUGAAGAGUCUCAAGAGCCAGAACACGGAGCUCGCCUCGACGGCCAACCUGCUCCGCGAGCAGGUGGCGCAGCUCAAGCAGAAGGUGCUCAGCCACGUCAACAGCGGCUGCCAGCUCCUGCCCCAAACGGCGGCCCAGCAGCCGCACCAGGUGCCGGCCUACUGAGCGCCCCAACGGGGCGCACCGCCAGCCGGGACAGGCGGAGGAGCCGGGAGGACGCGCGGGUUGGACGGUUUUUUUGGGGGGGGGAGGCGGCCUCUCCUUCUCUCUGGACCCCGGCUCCUCUUCCGCGCGGCCCCCCCCCCCACGUCGGACAAUGCAAAGGUGGAUGGGUGUGGACGCCGAAUGGGGGUCCCCCACCCCCCAAGACUUCCUUGUGGGCCGCGCGCACAGAGGACUUGAGACAUUUUUUAAAACUUGCUGGAGGAAACGGGCGCAGGAUUUUGGGGAGGGGGCUGCUUUUGGAAGCUCCCACCCAGCGCAGCUGCCAUUACCCAGUCUCACCCCCCUUGUAAUCUUUGCCUCUCUUUCCCACCCCCUCCAAACGCAGCGUGCCCAGAUGUGACUGCCUUCCACUCUUGGCCCUCCCAAUAUUUUUUCCUCAUAGACCAUGUCUUUCCUUCCACCAUACUGUAUUUAUGUUUAAUAUGCCCCUCUUUUCUUGCUGUUUUUUUUGGGGGGGGGAGGUUUGCCAUUAUAUCUUAUCUCUUUAUCUAUCAUCACAUUCCAUUGUGCAGUAAAAAAAACCUGUGCAGGAGUUUGGAAAUAA